AUGGAUAAGGAUACUAAGGAGAGCAAAUACAUGCAUGCUCUACCUUUCCCCCAGAAGCAAAGAAGAGAGAAGUUGGACAAACAAUUUGGGCGCUUUCUAGAAGUGUUCAAGCAAGUGCAUGUGAAUAUACAUUUUACAGAGGUGCUUUCACAGAUGCCAACUAAUGCUAAAUUCUUGAAGGAUAUAUUAUACAAGUUGCGGAAAGAGGAAGAGACAUUAGUGGUCAAGCUCACCGAGCAUUGUAGUGGUGCUUCUAUUAAUCUCAUGCUUUUGUCUAUUUUCAGGAAAUUAGAGGGAGAGAUUGGAGAAAUCAGGUUAAUACAUGUGUCCUUGCAGCUGGCGGAUCAAACCACAAUCAUACUUGAAAGAAUAGUAGAAGAUGUGCUAGUUUGGGUAGAUAAAUUUGUGUUCUCUGUGAACUUGAUUGUGGUACACAUGGAGGAGAAUAGGGAUGUUCCUCUAAUUUUAAGAAGAUCCUUCAAGGCUAUGGGUAGAGCAAUUCUGGAUAUUCAGGAAAGGCAACUCAUGUUCAGCGUAGGGGAAGAAAGGUUGAUUUUCAAGAUGGAAGGAGAAAGGGGGGCCUAA